AUGCGCUCCCCUACCCACAUCCUCCUCCCCCUCCUCGCCCUCACCACCACCAGCAGCAGCCACAUCGGCGCCGCGGCCCAACAACAAGAACAACACCCACCAAUCCGCUGCGCACCACCCUCCAACGGCGCCGCCGCCGCCGCCGCCGUGCCGGACAGCUGGCCGGGAUACGCCUUCACGCUGCGGUACGGCCUGAACUACGAGUUCGUGGCGGCGCAGGCGGCGGCGGCCGCACAGCUGUGCCAGGCGGGCGGGUCGGUGGUGGACCACGCGACGGGCAGCUCCGGCGCGCAGACGUGGGGCAUCGAGGCGGCGGCGCCCGAGGUGGCCGACGCGCUGGGGUACGUGGCCGGGGUGCUGGUGGUGCGGGCGCCGGCGGGCCUGCUGGCGGAGCUGGGCGAGCAGGUCGGCAACGCGACGUCGCGGCUGUACGGGAAUCCGGAUGCGCUGGCGAGGCAGGUUGCGGAGCAGAUUGAUGAUGCGUUUGAUGUCGUCUUGAGGGAGGACUUGUAG